CGCGCGCGCAGCACUUUCCGCCCAGCGGAAGUUUCCGAGGGGCAAAUGAGAAGGUCACAGUCAAGAUGGAGUUUCCAGCCCAGUGAAUCCAAGGGCCAGACCGUGACCCCAUAAAGCAUGAUUUACUUCUGUCCAGACUGUGGUAAAAUUAUCCAAGCAACGUUCAAAUUCUGCCCCUACUGUGGAAAAUCUUUUCCUGCAGAGGAAUAUGCUGGGUCCCCAAUCUUUGCCAAGGCAUGCAUGUCGCCCUUUCGAGGCUCGAGGAAAGAGCUGAACUGCAGUUCUGAAAGCUCUCCCAAGAAGGUGAAAUGGUCCAGCACGGUCACCUCUUCCCAAUUAUCCAUCUCAGAUGGUGACAGUUCUGAAUCUGAAGAUACUCUGAGUUCCUCUGAGAGAUCCAAAAGACUCUGGGACAGACCCCUAACCUCCAAAAGCAGCCUUCAGGUGACCAGGUGCAGCCCGCAGACAACCAAGCACAGCCCUCAAACGACCAGGCAAAGUCCUCAGAUGACCAAACAAAGUCCUCAGACGACCAGGUGCAGCCCUCAGACCACCAGACAGAGUCCUCAGAUGCUGAAGCGGAGCCAGGUGACCACCUCACUUGAAGCUUUGCCUACAGGGACAGUGCUGACAGACAAGAGUGGGCAGCACUGGAAGCUGGUUUCUCUCCAGACCAGGGAUGACCAGGGCAUUCUCUAUGAAGCUGAACCCACCUCUGCCCUUGCCUGUGAGUCAGGUCCCCAGAAACAGAAGUUCUCACUCAAACUGGAUGCCAAGGAUGGGCGCUUGUUCAAUGAGCAGAACUUCUUCCAACGGGCCGCCAAUCCUCUGCAAGUGAACAAGUGGAAGAAACUGUACUCAACCCCCCUGCUGGCCAUCCCCACCUGUGUGGGCUUUGGUGUCCACCAGGACAAGUACAGAUUCCUGGUGCUCCCCAGCCUGGGGAGGAGUCUUCAGUCGGUCCUGGACGACACCCCGAAGCAUGUGAUGUCGGAGAGGUCUGUGCUUCAGGUGGCCUGCCGGCUGCUGGAUGCCCUCGGGUUCCUUCAUGAGAAUGAUUAUGUUCAUGGAAAUGUGUCAGCUGAGAAUAUCUUUGUGAAUCCAGAGGACCUGAGUCAGGUGACCCUGGUGGGAUAUGGCUUCGCCUUCUGCUAUUGCCCAAGCGGCAAACACGUGACCUACAUGGAAGGCAGCAGGAGCCCCCACGAGGGGGACCUUGAGUUCAUUAGCAUGGACCUGCACAAGGGAUGUGGGCCCUCCUGCCGCAGCGAUCUCCAGACCCUGGGCUACUGUAUGCUGAAGUGGCUUUACGGGCUCCUGCCAUGGACAAACUGCCUUCCCAACGCUGAGGAGAUUAUGAAGCAGAAAGAGAAAUUUCUUGACAACCCAGGGCCCUUCGUGGGACUGUGCGGUCACUGAAUCAGGCC